UAACAACAUCUCGUACGGGGUCAUCUCAGAGUGACCUUUUGUGAAAAUACAACGGCCAAUGAGAAUUAACCAAUGACGUCACUGAUCCACCAAUGAGAAAGAGUUUGUUAUACGCAUUUGGCUUAUGUGUUUAAAAAUGGCUGCGCCCAUUGAAACGGUUACGAGUUCGCUCGGUAUAAAAUUAAAGCCACAACAACUGGAAAUAUUGCAGAGCCUUCUUGAUGGGAAAGAUUGCAUGACCGUUUUACCGACUGGUUUCGGAAAAUCUUUACCAUAUCAAGUGUUUCCGUUGAUACAGAGGGAGAGAGGUCGCAACGGAAUUGUUCUUGUUUGCUGUCCCCUUAUUUCCUUAAUGAAAGAUCAGGUCGAGAGGGCAAAUGCAAUUAACGGUGUAACAGCAGCAUAUAAAGGUCAAGGUCUAGACAGAGAGAUUCUAAGCGGCAAGAUAGACAUUGUGUUUGCAAGUCCCGAGUCACUGUUAGGUGACUGGCGAACUGAACUGCAGCAUCUAGAUGUCACAGCUAUUGUUAUAGAUGAAUUUCAUUUAAUUUCUACAUGGGGACAAGCUGAUGAACAUAUUCACAAGAAAGCAUUUAGAAAAUGGUUUGGUGACAUUGGAGAACUGCGAUCCAUCUUUCCAAAUGCAUCUCUACUUGCUUUGAGUGCCACAUGCACACUGAAAGUACAGAAACGUGUUUUGAAAGUGGUCUCUUUUAAGCCAGGCUUUACAUUUGUGUACUUAUCUCCUGACAAGAGGAACAUUAAAUAUGUUGUGAAGAAAGUGGCGAAUGACAUUGAAAUGAGACAGAUGAAUCAAUCAAAGGAACUGCAUUAUCUUCGAUUCGAGAAGAGGAGAGCCCUACAAGAGUUAUUAUUUCUACAAAUGCCUUGGGUAUGGGUGUAG